UAAUUUAUUGGAAUAAUUAUAAAUUACUUACAUUUUGACGCCUCCAACACUCUUAAAUCAAAGUUUGACUUGUAAUAGUACACAAGUAUUAUUUGCAGCACUGUAAAUGCAAUAGUUCUUUGAUAUUACCACUUGCUAUCCUGUUGGUUAUCCUACUGUCAAAAUUGUAGCCUAUUCAAGCACAACAAAACAUUAUGGCAAACUAUUUGGCCAUUGCGGCAGCGCAGAAGUCACUGGAGGCCAGUGUGAACAGGAUGUUCACCGAGUUUGAAGCCAAACUUAACAAAUCACCAGCAGUGAAGGUAACUGUAGCAAGCCUGAGUGAAGAGUUUGUCACCUUCAGGGAGCAGACUCUGUCCAUGUUAAAACUUCUUCGGGACCAAAUUCAAGUGCUCAGUGACACACAAGAUGCUUGGGAAAUGAAUCAUCGCAGGAAAUAUCUCCUCUUUAACCGUGUUCCGGAAGAUCCCGCUGAAGCUGUCGGUUCGCGCAUUGCAGGCAUCAUCUCCGAGCAGCUCAAGAUACCUGGCAUUGAUCCUGCUUCAUUUAAGGCUUGCCAUAGGCUUGGUAAGAGUUCAGUCGAUCACAUUAGGCCUAUUCUUGUGCGGUUCAAUGACAUGCAUGUAAAAACUGCAGUCUGGAGGAAGAAGACUUCAUGCAAAGGAUCCGGAUACACUAUUUCCGAGUUCCUUACUCCUCGGAGGCAGGCGCUGUUCAUCCAGGCACGUAAGGCUUUCGGCAUGCGAAGCUGCUGGUCGCAAGAUGGCAUCAUUUUCGUCAAAUUGGCCUCUGGCCGGCGUGAGCGCGUUGGAUCCGAAGAGGACAUAGAGCGCCUGAAGCAGCCAAUUAGCAGCGUACAGCCACCGCUGUUGACUUCUACUCCUGAGCCCGGUGCCGCUGCUGCGGUGGAUGCCGGGCCGGGUACCCUCGGCGGUGAAACCAUCAAGUCCAAGCGCAGAUGAAGUCGUGAUGUUCGGUUGAUAUAAUUAUGUACGUGUUUAUGUCUACUUUUAACUUCGUGUUGAUGCUAUUUAUAUCUCUCAUUUUACUAUGGCAGCAAGCGCUUGAAGCGCUUUUUGUAUAACAUGUUGAGUAACUUCCACUCGCUAACAUUUAUUUGUUCUUACCCACUUUAUUUUUGUGAUUUUACUUUG